AAGUCUAGAAUGGAGUCAGGAAUCUUGGUAUUUUUAAUGGUAAUAAUUAUCCUAUCAAGGUUUAUUUUAUGGUCCUGUCUCAGCACUUACAUAGACUAUAAACUUUCUAAAAGAUUCCCCAAAAGACCAAAGGAAGAAUGAAAUGACUAUAGCACAUACAAACACACAACGUGUGUCAGAGGAGUACCUUUCCUGGGCACAAGCGGAUGACGUGAUCUCUUUG